UCCGCCCGGAGCAACGCCUCCCGGAAGACAUCGGCCCCGCGCAGAGCCGCGACCUCCGGACCCCGCGUCGUGGGCACCAUGGCCGUGACUGCGCCCCUGCGCGACUGCCAGGCGUGGAAGGACGCCGGCCUGCCCCUCUCCACCACCAGCAAUGAGGCCUGCAAGCUGUUCGACGCCACGCUGACCCAGUACGUGAAAUGGACCAACGACAAAAGUCUCGGCGGCAUCGAGGGCUGCCUGUCGGGGCUCAAGGCCGCGGACCCCAACUUCGCCAUGGGCCACGCCAUCGCCACGGGGCUGGUGCUGAUCGGCACAGGCAGCUCCGUGCGGCUGGACAGAGAGCUGGCGCAGGCCGUGCAGGCCAUGGUGGACACGGCGCGUGGCCAGGCGCUGACGCCGCGGGAGCAACUGCACGUGUCUGCCGUGGAGAGUUUCGCGAAGGGGAACUUUCCGGAAGCGUGUGAGCGCUGGGAAGAGAUUCUGCGGGACCACCCAACCGACAUGCUCGCCCUCAAGUUCUCCCACGACGCCUACUUCUACCUGGGCCACCAGCAGCAGAUGCGCGACUCGGUGGCCCGCGUGUACCCCUUCUGGACGGCCGACAUGCCCCUGAGCAGCUACGUGAAAGGCAUCUACUCCUUCGGGCUGAUGGAAACCAACCUGUACGAUCAGGCGGAGAAGCUCGCCAAGGAGGCGCUGACUCUGAACCCCACGGACGCCUGGUCAGUGCACACGGUCGCCCACAUCCACGAGAUGAGAGCCGAGGUCCAGGCCGGCCUGGGCUUCAUGGAGCGCUCGGAGCAUCACUGGAAGGACUCCGACAUGCUCGCCUGCCACAACUACUGGCAUUGGGCCUUGUACCUGAUCGAGAAGGGCGAGUACGAGGCGGCUCUGAGCAUUUACGACACCCACAUCCUCCCCAGCCUGCAGGCCAGCGGGGCCAUGCUGGACGUCGUGGACAGCUGCUCCAUGUUGUACCGGCUGCAGAUGGAAGGGGUCUCGGUGGGUGAGCGGUGGCGGGACGUUCUGCCCGUGACCCAGAAGCACACCCGUGACCAUGUCCUGCUGUUCAAUGACGCACACUUCCUGAUGGCCUCCCUGGGCGCGGGGGACGCGGGGACCACGCAGGAGCUGCUGGCCACGCUGCGGGAGGCCAGCGAGUCCCCGGGGGAGAACUGUCAGCUGCGCCUGGCCCGCGACGUGGGCCUGCCCCUGUGCCAGGCCCUGGUGGAGGCCCAGAGCGGCCACCCGGACCGCGUGCUGGACCUGCUGCUGCCCAUCCGCUACCGCAUCGUGGAGAUCGGGGGCAGCAAUGCGCAGAGAGACGUCUUCAACCAGCUGCUGAUUCACGCGGCCCUGAACUGCUCGGAGGGGGCCUACAGGAACGUGGCCCGGAGUCUGCUGGUGGAGAGGGACGCCCUGAAGCCCAACUCGCCCCUGACCGAGCGGCUCCUGCGCAAAGCCUCGGCCGUCCACCUCCUGCAGUGACCCCCCGCCCCAAGUGACGCCCCCUGGCUGCUGCUGCUGCUGCUGCUGCAUUUUCCCAGGGGGCCCCCCAGAGUCAAGCUUGGAGGGCUGGGCUGGGGCGGGUGGGUCCAGGCGGGGGUGUCUUGCCCCACCCCUCUGGGGCACCCUGCUCCCCACCCAGGGGCCCCAGUGAGCCGCUAACGGGUCUUCCUUACCAUAGUGUCCAGUCUGUAGAUGCAGGGACGAUAGUGCCUUAUCCUGGGUCACGCCUAGCGCGGCCCCUCUCUUCUUGCUGGGGCAGGGACCCCCGCCCUGCUGUGGCUCAGGACCCGAAAGCUGCCCUCGCCUCGUGGGGUGGCCCUCGUGCCUUGUGGGGGCCAUCGGGGCUGGUUCCUGGUUCUGAGCCGUGUCCACGGAGAGGACCCGUGGAUGCAGUUUCCUCUGUGGGCCCCCGACCUGAAUCCAGGGUGAGGGUUUCCUUGUCCACCCUAGAUUGGGCGCUAGGUGGUCGGGAGGGCUGAGCUGUUUGAAAA